AUGUAUUUCGUAAAAGCAGUCGCGCCGGUUCUCCUGGCCCUUGUGCCUGUCUGCAUCGCGUCGUCUCUCCCCGUAGUCGACUUGGGAUAUGAACUCCACCAGGCGAUUUCACUAAACGAAACCCAAGGCCUCUACAACUUCAGCAACAUCCGGUACGCCGCACCACCCCUCGCCGACCUGCGCUUCCGCGCCCCCAUCCCCCCGAAGCCAAACCGCACCACCAUCCAAACCGGCGCAACCGGCCGCAUCUGCCCCCAAUCCAACCCGAUCUGGGAAUCUGAAAUCCUGCCCGAAUUCCUGGUCAGCGUCGUUACCGGGAUCCCAUUCAACCAAUCCGCGAAUAUCUCAGAGUACGGGUAUACGCCUGCGAAACCGGACCCGCGCACGACAGAGGAUUGUCUGUUUUUGGAUGUGAUUGUUCCGAAAAAGGUUUUUGAUAGUGCGAGGAAUCGGACUGCUGCGUCGGUUCCGGGUGCUAAGAAGAGACUGGCGCCUGUGUUGGUGUGGAUUUAUGGGGGUGGAUAUGUGGCGGGGGAUAAGUCGUUGUAUGAUUCUACGGGGCUUGUUCAGCGGAGUAUGAAAGGGGGGAAAGAUGGGAUUGUAUAUGUUGCUUUGAACUACCGGCUGGGCGCAUUUGGCUGGCUAGCUGGCAGCGGCGUCACAGCAAAUGGCACCGCAAACGCAGCCCUCUACGACCAACGAUUCGCCCUAGACUGGGUAUACAAGUACAUCCACCUCUUCGGCGGCAACCCGGAAAACGUCACCGUGAUGGGCGAGUCAGCCGGCGGCGGGUCGAUUCUUCACCAGAUCACUGCGUUCGGAGGCAACAGGGGCCCGGUUCCUUUCAAGCAGGCUAUCUUGCAAAGUCCCGGGUGGUAUCCGCUUCCUUCGCAGGCGCAGACUGAGUCGACGCUAAGGCAGUUUUUGAAACUUCUCAACGUGACUUCCGUUGAGGAAGCGAGGAAAUUGCCUACUGAGUUGCUGGUUGCUGCUAAUGCGUAUCAGGUUGGUGUUACGCCGACGUAUGGGACUUAUACGUAUGGGCCGGCGGUGGAUGGGACUUUCGUGCCUGAUAUGCCUGGAAAGCUUCUUCUAAACGGUAGCUUUGAUAAGAACCUAAACGUCAUGGUCGGACAUAAUGGUAACGAGGGCCUGAUAUUCACCUCACCGGCCAGCAUCAACGGUAACGCCUACACGACCCUCCUCACGGCGGAUCUGCCGACUAUGCCGCAGAAUGUUACCAACUACGUCGCCAAUGUCCUCUAUCCACCCGUCUAUAAUGGAUCGUACGGAUAUACUAACCCGUUCGAGCGAUUGUCGUUGACCACCAGCGAUGUAGUCUUCCAGUGUAACACUGACUACCUCAAUCGCGCUUUCAAGGGCCAGACACACGCAUAUAUGUUCAGUAUUCCCCCCGCGAUCCACGCACAGGAUGUCCCCUACACAUUCUUUUCAGGAAACCACUCCACUGUCGCCAAUGCCACCGUCGCACUGGCCAUGCAGGAUUGGUUCACUAGCUUUGUGCAGACGGGCACUCCCAGGUCUACCCUGAGUCCAGUUUUUGAGAGAUCGGGCAAGAAUGGCACGCUUCUGAAUGUGGGACUUUCCAAUAUCACGGUCAUUCGUGACCCGACAGCGAAUCCUCGAUGUCGUUUCUGGCAGAAUGCGCCGUAUUAUCGGUCUUGA